AUGGCGAACAAGAAGGUUGAGGAGCCCGAGCAUGUCUCGUCCUCUUCAUCGGAGAGCGCCUCUGAUGAUGAGCAGCAUGACGAAGGCGCCCAGCAGGAACAGCAGGACGGUGAAGGUUCUUCAUGCCGCUCCCGCCAAUCUCGGAAUGAAAAGAAGGCCAGGAAGGCUGUGUUGCGUCUGGGGAUGAAACCCAUGCCGGAAAUUGUUAAGGUUGUUAUCCGCAAGGCAAAACAGGCUUGGUUUGUGCUGCCAAAGCCAGAUGUGUUCAAGAGCUUGUCUUCAGACACGUAUGUGAUCUUCGGCCAGGCCGAGAAUAUGGCUUCUCAGGCGCAUACUGAGGCGGCACAGCGUUUCACACAGGGCGCUCUGCCAUUUGGUGCUACAGAUCAGUCCAGCAUGGCCACGGGUAACGUGGCUGCGGCGAAGGCUACUGCGCCUGCGCCUAGCGCAGCCACGGAAGAAGUCGAUAUGGAGGGUGUGGACCCAAAAGACGUUGAAUUGAUAGUUUCGCAGCUUCGCUGUUCUAAGUCUGAAGCAGCGAAGGCCCUUCGUGAAAACAACAACGAUCUUGUUGAGGCCAUUCUGCAUAUCACAGCUUGCUGA